AACUGAUAAACGCCACGCGCCCCCUUCCAUCGAGAAACCCAACAAACUAAUUACCCUUUCUUAUCCUUUCCGACAAACUAGUGACAAAACAUUCAAUAAUAAUCUUCCCAAAUUCCCAAUUCACGUUUUACUCGUAUUGUUCGAUGGAAUCGAAAGAUGGGGUGGUGGAAAUAGACCGCCUGGAACGGGACUUAUUGCUGCCAGGCGCCGGUUCAAACAGUGGCUCUGAACCGCCUGACAAUCCUAAUGAAGAAGAAGAUGAACCAGUUCUCUACACAGCGUCGUUUAAGGAAGCCGAAGAGAAAUUCGUGAAAUACCAAACGGUUCAAUGGGUUUUGUACUCGUUGCUUUUGAUACUGGCAUGGGGCAUCGGUUUGUUCAUGUUGCUUUAUUUGCCGGUCCGGCGUUACAUUUUGCGGAAAGAUAUCCGGUUUCGUAAACUCUACAUCACUCCCAAUGCCAUUGUUUACAAAGUUAAAAGGCCGGUGCUGAUUCCCUUUUUGGGGGUUUUGAAGAAAGAGAAGUAUGUUCUACUACCUUCAGUUGCUGACGUUGUAAUAGAACAAGGAUAUUUACAGUCCCAAUUUGGUGUAUACUCUAUUAGAAUCGAAAACAUUGGUGUGAGAAGGCCCUCAAGUGACGAUGUUCAUAUCAAAGGAGUUGCUAACCCUCAUGAUUUCAGAAACGCUGUACUUACGCGCCUAUCUAGCAUGAGAGAGGAGGUUUUAUCUAGACAAGUUUCUGCUAUUGAAGAUGUUCCAACUUCGAGGAUUAGUCAUUCGCCAGUUCCUUUGAUGUCCCCUUCAAAACCUCCGAGGCCUGAUUCAUUAACAAUUUCCGGCGAGCUGGCAAUCUUGCAAAAACUAGAGGAGGUUGGCAGUUCAGUAAAGAGAGUUCAAACUUUAAUUGAAGAGCAGAACCCUUUCUAG